UUACAGUAUUAACUAGCCUUUAUUUUAUUCUUAAAAACAGCUUGUUCGACUGACCACAUGGUCCCACCCGCUCAGUGCCUCUGUCCCUGCUCACUCGCUCGUUGCUUCUACACGUAUAAACCGCGCAUCCGUGCCGCGCCACGGCUUCCUCUGGACGCCACCCACAAGCGCCUCUCCUCGCCAAGUGUCGUCCGCCUCCGGCCAAUGUGACUUGCGGCCGAAGCUGCAGCGGGCGCGAUGGUGGCGAGGUGCGCGCACGCCGACGCCGGCGGGUUCCGGCUCUGGCCGAUCUUCUCGGCCGCCGCGAUGAGGAGGAAGGUUCUUGAGGUCCUGACGUGCGGCGGAGGCGGUGGAGGAGGGGGUUCUUGCCGAAGCCGGACCGCGUACCGGUCGCCGCAGCGGAUGCCGAGGCCGAGGCCGCGGUCGGACAGGCUCGCGGAGCUGCUCAAGGCGGAGCCGUCGGAAUGCGGCGACGACUUCAAGGCCGAGGCGGAUGCGGCGUCGAAGAAGGUGGAGGCGCUGGAGGAGCUGAAGGGUGUGGUGGGAGCGCUUCAGGCCGGCAGCGAGUGUAUGUCCCGCGUCGAGGCGGCGAUGGCGGUGCGGAGGAAGGCCAAGGACGACGCCGGCGCGAGGGAGAUGCUCGCGAUGCUCGGCGCCAUCCCGCCGCUCGUCGCUAUGCUCGAUGAGGGUGCCGGCGGGGAGGAUAUCACGACCGCUGCGAUGUACGCGCUGCUCAACUUGGGGAUCGGCAAUGACACGAACAAGGCGGCGAUCGUGCAGGCCGGCGCCGUGCACAAGAUGCUCCGCAUUGCGGAGGGCGGGGCGUCCGGCGCGCUGACGGAAGCCGUCGUCGCCAACUUCCUCUGCCUCAGCGCGCUCGACGCGAACAAGCCCGUCAUCGGCGCGUCCGGCGCCGUCCCCUUCCUGUCUCGCGCGUUUGAGGGUGCGUCCACGGAGCAGGCGCGCCACGACGCGCUGCGCGCGAUCCUGAACCUCUCCAUCGCGUCGGCCAAUGCGCCGCACCUGUUGGCCGCGGGGCUCGCGCCGGCGCUCGUGGCGGCCGUGGGGGACGCGUCCGUGACGGACCGCGCGCUCGCCGCGCUCUGCAACCUCGUGGCGGCCUGCCCCGAGGGCCGCCGCGCGGUAAGUCGCGCCCCUGACGUUGUCCCGUCCCUCGUCGACGUGCUCAACUGGUCGGACGAGCCGGGCUGCCAGGAGAAGGCGGCCUAUGUGCUGAUGGUCCUGGCGCACCGGAGCUACGGAGACCGCGCGGCCAUGGCCGAGGCCGGCGCCACGUCCGCGCUCCUGGAGCUCACCCUCGUGGGCACGGCGCUCGCGCAGAAGCGCGCGUCCAGGAUCCUGGAGAUCCUCCGCACCGACAAGGGCAAGCAGGUCGCGAACGCGUCCGGCGUCGUGGCGACCGUGUCGGCGCCGCAGGAGCGCGAGUGCCGGGAGGAGACGGAGGAGGGAGAACCCGCGGACGCCGGCAUGAGCGUUGAGAAGCGCGCCGUUCGGCAGCUGGUGCAGCAGAGCCUUCAGAGCAACAUGCGGCGCAUCGUGCGGCGCGCGCGGCUUCCGCAGGACCUCGCGCCGGCGUCGUCGGAGAGCCUCAAGGCGCUCACCGCCUCCUCCACCUCCAAGAGCCUGCCGUUCUAGGAGACCAAGCCAAACCCCAACAGGAACAGAGGCAAGAAAACGCAGGGAAGAGAGAGACCAGGAGAGUGAUGAGGAGACGACUUCGCUGCUGCACUGCAUUCCAUUGCAUGCGUCGGAGACCGGGAAUCUUUCGGUUGCCUGCAGCGGAGUAAUGAGAAGAUGGGUUCAGCUAAUCUAGUUUAUGCGCUGCUGGCUUGCUCGUCGCCCUUUUCUCGUGCCCGCUAAUGGAGCCCACGUGCAUGGAUCGAUCCAGUCGACAGGCAGAAGCUGGCCUUGAGAUGUUCUCCUAAUCGCUUUUGCGUUUGUUAAUCGCUUCGAGUGUUCUUCUUUCGCUUUUGUAUAUGGGAAUAGGGUAAUCAGUUUAGUCAUACUACAUCUAGUGGUCAGUGUGUCGUCAGUCUUUAGGCGUGUGCACAUGUUCUUGUGUUGGAGAGCGUGGUGGGGUAGUGGAGAGUUUUAGAAGAACUAGAAAGAGGAUGUAGAAAUUCAUAUUUUAACUUUGAUGUUGGUGUCAUUCAUCAUUUCAUCUUUGCUGACCUGAAACGGUUACUUGUUUCAGCUUUA